UUGAGAGCCAUUCAUGAAAUUUGUGGCCCCCCCCCCAUAUAAUUCUCCUUGAGAUUCUACCUUAGAUAUUUCUUCAACUUCCAUGCAGCAUCUUUCCUUGCAUCUAUAUAUAUUUUGCUCGUUUAAAUCUUGAUUUUCUGAUCGCUAUUAACCUCAUUUUUUAUUUGGAUUCAGCUGUCUUUGUACUAAGCUUUACUUUGGAAAAUCUAUUUCUGUAUUUGGCAGAUGAGAUCAUCUAAAACCUGAUAAAGCCUGAAGGGGUAUCUGAUAUGAUGAUAGGUUUUUUCAGUCAACUGGAACUGAUUAAAGUUUCACAACAUAUUAUAUGAGCAAGGCUGAUGUUUUAUCCGUCUCUAAGAUGGAUGUAGUUUUUUAUCGAAGUGUAUAGUACCAUAGAUUUAGUACAAGUUGGAAGCAAAUAUAUUAACAGGUGUAUGCAGAAACCUGGGAACCUGCUAUAAUGAAACUUCUAGUCUCUUUUUUGUUUGCUUUAAAGUGUUUGCACUUGUUCAGUCAGAUCUUUGUGACUAGUUUUGAGUAUGCUUGAAUGCUAAAAGCAUAAAGAACUUGUUUUGGAAUUUGGUUAUUGUACUGUUCUCUUAUUCUUAAUUUAGCAUAUAACUUAUGAUUGAGUGUUUGGAACUGAUUGAAGAUAAACUGUCAUGGUUCAACCAUGUUGACGGUUCACAAUCUGGGAACGUAUAACAACUGCCACGCUUAUUUGGACUCAAAUUUACUGAAUGAAACCGCAUCUGGAAAGCUUAGGCUUCUAAAUCCCUUGAGCAGUAGUGUCAGCUCUGCUAACUCUCCAAGGGACCCUUUUACUAAAAGAAUACAAAAUUGCUCCUUUUCUCGGGAUUUCUUUACUCAUCUUAAAGUCCAUCACCUCUCAUACCAGAAUCCUUCAAAGAUAUGGCUGUGCCAUUUACAAGACUCUGUUUCACCUGACGAUGAAUACCGUUCAUCACGUAAUAUAGCAAUCAGCUUGUUCAGGCGUUACCGGAGUUUUGUUGAGCGCGGAGGAGGUGACAACUUAAAAGAGUUCAUUGGUGCUGGUGUAAAUGCCUAUGCAUUGGGAUGUACUGACGAAGGAUUAAGGAAAGAACUAAUUCAAUUGAAAGAAUCUGGUGCCGAAAUUGAAGCUUUACAAACAUAUGGUGGAACCACUAGUCUAAAGUACAAGAUAUUCAGUGAGGAGCUUGAUGAGUGCAUUCUAUGGUUGACCAUUAUAUUCAUCACCAUCCUGUGUACGCCACAACCAACAAUAGUUAGAUGGUCAUCCACACCUCCAGUGUCUGAGGAUAUGAUGACGCACUGGAAAGGCUUUUGUGCAAUCAUAGCAAAUGCGUACUUUGUGAGGGGAAUGGCAUGGCUUCCUGUGAAGACUCUUCAGCUAGAGCAGAUGGCAGUAGUGGGCUAUGCAGAAGAGCCAUCAGUUGUUGCCAGCAGAAUGAGAUUAGUAUUUAGCACACUCGAGGUUGUGAGUCCACAAUGGCCAAGAGGGUAAUCUAAUUGGAGCACAUCCAUGUUUUGCUGGAAUCCCCAAAUAUAGUAGUUUUCAGCUGUAAAUAGGAGGCUCUAGCAGAGCAUUAUGUACUACUUUCUUGGACAAGUAGCUGUUGUAAAAAGUAUUUACUAAUCUAAGCGCAUUAUUUGUUGAGAUCAAUACAACUCUUUCAGAUGGCAACGCUUUGUGUUCCUAUGAAAAUUAUGUCUAAA